UUUAUUUGUUUUAUAUUUGAUUGUGUUGGGGCAAAACUCUACAAAGGAAGUUAUUGCUCUCCCACUGACCUGUCACUCAAGGAGGAAGUGGUCCACCCACCACCCUCACUGGUGUUGCACAGUCACAGUGUUGCCUUUCCACUUGAGUCAUGAAGGAGUCCUCGGCUCGCUGAGCUGAACAGCAUCUGGACUUUAAACCAAACUGAAGUCUUGUCGGGAGGUGAGUGUUUUCAGACACAAAGGCUACGGAGCGAGCUUAGUGCAAACCAAGCAUCAUGGCUGCACCGGGAUAUGACAACAACAUCAUCUCAGACGACACUGGUCCGAUACAAGGGAUGGAGAACGCGAAAACACUGAAGCAGUUUCCUCCGUAUGGUUCCAUGAAUGGCAGCUCAACAGGUGACACCUGCCCCACAUGUCGAGGAAUCGGGCGAAUUCCCAGAGGCCAUGAAGACCAGCUUCUGGCAGUCAUACCAUGCAAUGAUGUAAGGCUGAAACCCAGACGCACGAAGCUGCACGUAUGUGUCUCCAUGACUGUGUGUCUUUUAUUUUUCUGCCUGAUCCUCUUCUUCCUCUUCCCCCGGAGAAUCUCACUGAUGCCCGUGUCUGUGCUGUCAGUCAUGGUCUACUUCACCCCGGAUACGGUCGAUAUGGAGGUCACAAAUCUCCUCAACAUCACCAACGAAAACUUUUUCCCGGUUCAUAUUAUGGAGUUCACUGUUCAGAGUCUGGUCUCUAAGACAGUUGUGAGUAAGACAACAUUCUCCAAUAUGACCGCCAUCAAGCCCCGCUCAAAGACAUCGUACAUCAUUCCCAUGAGCCUGCCCAUUAAGGAUAAAGGCCUGAACAUCUACUGCAAGUUGAGCUCCAUCAAGAUUCACGUGCUGUUUGUGGAGUUGCAAAUGACAUUGAAAAUGGUCUACUUCUCCCACACGGAGCAGCUGACUCUGAACACCUUUGAGUACAUCGACUGUGGCACUAAUUCAACAAUCCCUCACCCUAUGAGACGAUGAAUUAAAAUAAUAAUGAAUAUUCCAACUAUCUUUUAUAUUCUUUGUACAGGAUGUGAAUGUGUGAAGGAUAACAUCAGUGAAACUCUAGUUUUAUUAUUAUUAUUGUUAUUAUUAUUAUUAUGUGUGUGUGUUUCAGCAUAGCUACUGACUUGAAUUGAAUCAAAAUGAAAAUGUUAUAGAUUGUUACUUUCUGGAGUUGUUUGCUCGUAUUUGUGUGAGAUGGGCCUGUGAAUCUAUAUCACCUACACAAUGGUCUCGUGACAACGAGCACAAUUCAUGUAAAAACUGUUUAUUUUCAUGUAUAAUUGUAUGCACUUUUUGUGAAAUUGAAUGCAUUUCAGAACUCCUCUGGAAAGUUCACACAUUCUGUAAUACGGAUGUUGAACUCUGACCACUUUGUCUUUUGCCAGUUGCACUUUAUUAAACUGUGACAUUUAUGGUUUUGUUUUCGUCAGAUUUUCUCGCGUACACACUUUUACUCACGUCCUGCACUCACAGUGUUGGGGCUUUUACUUUCUGCUAUGUCGUAUUUAUUUCAAAGAUAAUUUUGAGAUGAAUCACUUUUAAAUAAAUGAUAAAUAAUACUGCUUCAAUGGUUAAUCUGUAGAUUAGAAAGCAAUGCAAGAGCUCCACUGUGUGAGUCUGUGUGCAGCUCUAAUGGAAACUUUAAAAAAAUGACCCACUACUACUGCUGCCAUCACCUUAGCUCCUGUGUUUGUAGUGUGAAGAGCAGACACCAGGUGGAGCUAGUGCUUUUUUACUGGGGGUGGGAAAUAGGGUUGAGAGUGGAUUUUAUUAAAUAUCAGCAAA